CUUUCUACAUCUACGAACACAUGACUUUGAAUCAAUCAAUUUCAAUGAGCAAAACUUGUGAAAACUACGUCGUACGCUUAAAUUCACCCAAUGUGUCUAUCAUGUGUAUCAGGUGUGCUGAUGAGACACCAAAACAGACUUCAACAAUUCUGAUUUGACGAAUUAUUAUUAUUUUUUUACUAACCAAUAAAUGAUCAGCUUAAUAGACAUACAGACACCAGUUGUAUACAAAGAAUUUUCAAGUCGACAGAAAACUAAAGGCUUUAUUUAUUUUUAAAAAUAUCAUUCAUUAGAUUAAAAUAUAUAUAUAUCAUUUGAAAUGACACAACUUGUACACCUUCCAGUGCGAUUCACAAGUACCGAGUAAAUAUCCAACAAGUCAGCAGAGGACAUGAGAUGGUACCCAUUAAUUCGGCAACUUCCAACGUAGAUUUUGUCACGAAGUAAUAUGAGUUAACGAUCAUCGGAUAUCAGAGAGCGCUGGAUAGCUGUUGUUUUGUCGUAGUUUGCGACUCUGCAUCAGUACACGCACGCAUCCACAACCUCACCAAGUGUCGAGCUCAUGAUUUCGGGUUACAGGUGCAUAGUGGUUGAUCAUUUAGCCAUUUGGUCCAGGAUACAAUUACCUGCUUCUUACUUUUCUAGACCUGAUGUCGGGCUUUCUGGUUUUGCUAAGUUUUUCCGUAAUUCAGCCAACGAAGAAAUAGAACAUGCAAGAAAAUUCAGUGAAUUUAUAAACAAGCGCAAUUCAAAAGUUAUUCUAAAAAAUAUAAUACUUCCGUCAGAUGGUGUUCCGAUGGACUUCAAGAAUAUUCAUGAAGCAAUUGAUCUAGCAAUUGAUAAAGAAUUAUAUGUCAGUACACAAAUUGUUGAAUUACAUAAAUUAGCAUCAAAAAUGAAUGACGCUACCACACAAGAUUUUCUGGACGAAUUUCUACAAGAACAAGUCGAUUCUGUUAGUAAGUUAAGAGAAAUGCGAUCUAGGCUAAGAUUGGAUUCUAGCGCAGUUUAUCUAAUGGAUAAGGAACUUCGUUAAAUAAUUAUACUGGAAUCACUGAUGAUUAAUUCAUACUUACUUUUCUCAUAUUUUGUUUGUUUGUUGUUGUUUUGUGUUAAUUUUUCUAAACAUCAAUUCUUUUUCCCAUACUGUUCUCUUCUUUUUGUGAGCGUUUCUUCAACUGUUUCAAAUUGUUGUAAACGAUUAUCAUUUAUUUUCUAAAAAUGACAAACAGCCAAAAAAAUGAAAUUUAGUUUAGGUUUUAUGACCAUCCUUAACAAUAGACUGAUUCAAUUCUACUAUGUUUAUUAUUUAUGAAUAAGUAUGGUAAGUGUGAUUUGUUAACCCUCUGUUAUGAUUGAUUAACUCAGCUGACAUCUCUAUUUUCUUAUUGUUAUUUACCCCAUCAAAUGUAACAAAUAAUUAAGAGACAAUGUGUUUUUCUUUUUCAGUAUAAAUAAUAAAAUAAUUUCAUUAAUGUUCA